CAACUUUCCCGGAAGUGACGUAUGUUACGCUGAGAAGGGUUCAAGGAAGAUCUGGGCGCUUUGCUUAGGUGAGCGGUGCGGACAGGUGGGGUCGUGCAUCCGCUAUGACCUGCACCAUCGAAAAGAUCCUGACAGACGCCAAGACUCUGCUGGAGAGGCUGCGGGAGCACGAUGCGGCCGCUGAGUCGCUGGUGGAUCAGUCGGCGGCACUGCACCGGCGGGUGGCAGCUAUGCGGGAGGCUGGGGCAGCGCUUCCGGACCAGUAUCAAGAGGAUGCAUCCGAUGUGAAGGACGUGUCUAAAUACAAGCCUCACAUUUUGCUGUCCCAAGAGAACACGCAGAUUAGAGACUUGCAGCAGGAAAACAGAGAACUAUGGGUUUCCUUGGAGGAACACCAGGAUGCCUUAGAACUCAUCAUGAGCAAGUACCGGAAACAGAUGUUACAGUUGAUGGUCGCUAAAAAAGCAGUGGAUGCUGAACCAGUCCUGAAAGCUCACCAGUCUCAUUCUGCAGAAAUUGAAAGUCAAAUUGACAGAAUCUGUGAAAUGGGAGAAGUGAUGAGGAAAGCAGUUCAGGUGGAUGAUGACCAGUAUUGUAAGGUUCAGGAAAAACUAGCCCAAUUAGAGCUGGAGAAUAAGGAACUUCGAGAAUUGUUGUCCAUCAGCAGUGAGUCUCUUCAAGUCCGGAAAGAAGACUCAGUGGACGCUGCUUCCCAAGCCAUCAAAUAGCUCACCACCUGAAUACUAGUGGACCUUGUCUAUCAAGGAAAGAAGUUAUUAUCUUUCCAUUGGAGUAUUGGCUGUUCAUUGUCUUGCCUCAGGCAUGAUUUAGUGUUGAUUAAAGAUACCAGGUGGCAAUUUAGAAUGGCUAGUCAGUGUUGACUGCCUACAACACAAUUUUCUAGUGUGUUAGUGAGAAUACUCACUGAAUUUCACCAUUCCUUUCUCUAAGAGACUACUUUUAAUUCUAAUUUCUGGGACCUCAGUUUACAUAAACUGUUUUUAGUUCAUUUUAGUUUUUUCACAUCUCUGAAACUUAAAGCAUUUUAGUAUAAACGAGUACUUUUAUUUUACAUAGAAUUGUAAAAUACAGUUCUAAAGAACUUUGAAAAAGAGAUGUAACUUUUCAAAUCUAUUCUGCAUACACCUGGAUUUUUCCUGUUUAACAAAAGUGAUACUAGUUUCACAGAGCUAGUCUUGCAGAUUCUCUCGCUUGUAAUGUCAUUCACCUCUGAAGUUUUAAGUCUCUCUGGUGCUAAGAGUUAACACUUUGUGGCCUGGUGUCUUCACUCUUAAUUUGAGAGGACCUACUGCUAGUCCACAGGAAACAUACUUGGAAAUAAGUUAACUGUUCUUUUUUUUUCCCCCAGUUGUAGUAUAGUCGUUAUAUUCAAAGAAUGCCUAGAAACUUGUCCUUGUGUGUGCGUGUGUGCACACAUGCUCACUUAGCUCAAAUGCUAAAAAUAGCUUUUACUCUGUUAAAGUAGUCAGUUUUUCAUUCAUGUUGUGCCAGGAAAUCUUCAACUUAAGUAGUUCACACAGUGCAAAGAGCAUAUAGUAGACUUAUUCACAUCGUAGUUCUUAGCUGCUACAUUUUAUAAUUAAGAACCAUCACCUAGAUGUCUUUUAUUACUGGCACUAGUAGUUGGCUUUCUUUUGAGAUCCAUGUUUCACAGUGAAACCAAGUUUUAUCACCUAAUGAGAAUAACUAUAUUCAUAGUGUUAUGUAGACAACAACAAAGCAAUGUUGAGGUUCAAAUACUGGGUGGUCAUCUAGUCUUACUCAUCACCUCAUUCCCACAUCCUCUUCAAAUAUACAAAUUACUUCAUGUUACACUAUUUAGGUUUUUCCACAAAUAAAUUAUGAAUGCUAAACUUGUCAGUGUUUUCCAAUAACACUAAGCACCAUACAGAUACAGUAUUAGAGUUUUUCGCUAGCACUUUAUGUGAUGUAAAAUUUCUUUUGUACAGUCAUAAAGAGUUGAUUUUAGCUAAAACAACAAAAUCUCUCCAAGAUGUCCUAAUAGCAACCGAUCCCAGUUAUAGCAAUGGACUUUACCUACAGUGAUGGGCUUUAAUGAAUAAGUUUAACAAAUUUCUAUUCAUUACCCUGCAUAGAAUUCAAAGAAUGUGUCCACCCCUAAGUUUGGGCAUUUUUAUUUUAUUGCCCAUGAAUGAGUAAACUUUUAGUCCAGCUCUUUGCUUUGAAGUAUGCCCUUGGUGCCACCAUGUGUCCCACAAGUCCAUUCAGGAGGCAUGUACCCCUUACUGUGUGUCAGCCGCCGUGGCCAGAUGUCGGUGGGGAUGACAAAGUAAUCAGAUGGCUCAUUAAGGCGUAACGUGCCUUUUGUCACCUGCCUUAUGUACCUUUAGAGCUGUUUAUAAAGUUCUUUACAGCUCAGGUUUCAGAAUAAAUUACGUUGACUUUUCCCUCUGACAAAUGAAAAACUUAAAAGUAUGAAUCCGAAGACAACAUGGCGGGCUGUCAGCGCCCUGCGCAGCUGCGCCCGUGACUUGCAUUUGGGUGGACAGUAAAGUUGCCUUUGCUGUGGAUGCAGUGCAGUGUGUGGAGGGACUUGACUGGCUUGCAAAAUCUCAGUACAAAGUUUUCUAGUAAAAACCUUAACUUUGAGAAGAUGAGCUAAUUUUACUCAGUAAUGAGUCUGAUUAUUGGGAAGUACAGAGGGCUUUUCAUAAAUGCAUGUGUACAGUGUAUAUACAUGUGUGUAUGACUGUCAGAACAGGUCUUCCUGAAUAAGUAGAAUGUAUUUAGCAGUACCAUUGUACAAAUUGCUGCUGACUUUUAGAGGUAUCCUCAUGUGAUAUAAAUUAUAAAAACUAGGUUUGGAAAUAUUCUGAGAAACAUUUAAAUACGUUGGUAUUUACCUUAUUACCUUAGCUUAUGUUAAUUUGAUUCAAACAUGGAAGAUCUGUUUCUUGAAAUGUGGUUCACUGACCUACUGAAAUAGGAAUUUGAGGAUGGAGUUCAGGGAUUUGUAUUUUAGUGAGCAUCCCAGGUAACUCCAAGGACACAAGGUUGAGAAUAUCUAGUCUACUUUGUGCCAGACAUUUCAUUACAAGUUACAAAUAGAAAAAUGAAAAAGCAUUGAUACUUUUCAAAGAAGAAUCUGGUGGAGACAAACAAGUAUGCAUAUAAUUACAAUGCAGUGUGAUAAAUUUGAUGUAAGUAUGUCUAGAAUAUAGAGGAGGAACUAUUUUAACUUGAGAAUCCAAUAGAGAGAACAAAUGGACAGGAGGAGAACUAGAAAAGCUUGGUGUAACAAAAGCAGAAAGUGGAUGGUAUUGCCAAUAAUUAACAUUCUGUGCUUUAGUACGUGUCAGGUAUUGUAUUAUAUAAUCUACAUUUCAACUGUACCUCAUCUUGCAGCUGCUUAGGCACAAAGACGCUAUGUUAUUUGUCCAAAAUUCAAACCCAGGCAGACUCAAACACAUUUUUAACCACUAAGUUACACUUCCUUUAAAUGCCAAAUAUUACUGACUUCACAUGGCUCUUGAUUAGCAAAAUCUAGUUUUACUAAUAGUGCAAAAGAAACCCUACAGCCCAUAUAUAUAUAUAUAUAUAUAUAAAGUGUCAUGAAUUCUCAGUGGAUGAAGUUUUAACUCCCCACCCACUGCUGUCAAGUCAAUUCAGACUCAGAGUUUCUGAGGCUGUAAACCUCCAGAGGCCAACUGCCUCAUCUUCCUCCCACGAUGCCACUGGUAGCUUUAAACCACAGUCAGUCGCUUUUAGCACUGCACCACAGGGGCUCUGGAGUUUAACUAAUGAGAUAUAAUUGUUAUUAUCUGUUUUCUAGAAUGAUGUAGCUGAAAAUAUAUAUGCAUGUAACUGAUAGGAGUAAUACUUAAUCAGUUCAGUGGUCCUUACUAUCUGCAGAAAAGGGUGCAGUUCUUUGAGAUCUGCCGCCUUAGCAUGUAGGCCUUUAUCCCUCAUGCAGUUUUCUUGUGGUCGCAAGAAGGUUGCUGCUGUGCCAGAUGUCAUGCCCAAGUUGGAGGUGGGGGUGUGAGAAAUGGCCUGUGCCAGCUCUAUGUAUCCUCUUUUUAUCAGGAAAAGCAGAGCUUUUCCAGAAAUCCCAAACAAUUUUCCUCUUAUCUUAUUUGCCUGACCUGUCACAUGGCCACUUUUAGCUGCAAGAGAGGGCGUUGCUGCCCCAAAUAAAAUCACUAUUAACAGAGAGGAAAUUGAGAAAACAACUAACAGUGUCUGAUACAAGUCCUUUUACAGUGGAUAGCAUUAUGUUGUGUGGAAACAUUUUAUUAAAAAGUGUAAGUAAUAGCUGCAAGUAUGUUAAUGUAGUGUAGCCAAGAGAAUGGGCCGUGACAGACAUCAGUCAUUACAUCAGUCAGUACCCAGACUCCCAUUCUAUGUUGUGAGGCAGAGCCCUCUUACCUCCAAAAGAACUUGAAAGCACCAGAUACAUGAUUUCCCGACCUCCUUUGCAACUAGGGAAGAUACAUCUGCCUUAAAACUUCAAGGUUAGUGAUACAAAGAAGGCAGGUAACCAUGCAGGAUCCGUUGAGUGAAGGUGACAUGACCAACAGCACUGGCUGGUACGUUCAACUCCACAAAGGAACAACAAAAAUGGUUCUAGUGACAACAACCAGUAUCCGGUUUCAGCAAAGCCAGUGGUGUAAGCUGCAGUGUCUGUGCCAAACAGUGGAAACAGUGGAGCCUUGAAGAAACUCUGACAUGCUAAUUGGCUAUGUAGCCUCUAAUUCUGGCUCUCCAGCUGUCCUAGAGAUCCUGAGAACUACCUAGUAACCUUUUAAUAAAAUUAUUUUUUGUGAAAAUCUGAAUUCCCUGAGUAGUAAGAAAAGUAAGGAUAAUUUUAAAAAGAACCAUGUGGAUAUAAAUUUGGUCAAUACUUUAUACAUAUCUUUGCACUUAUAUUUUUAAUGUAUUUAGCUUAUAAAAUGAUAAAUAUGAUAUCCAAAUAAGUGAUCAUGUGUAAUAAUAACUCAUCAUCUAAUUUGAGAAUUAGAACAUUACCAGUACUUUCCAUUUAUCUAUUUGAGCUCCUCUCCUAUCCCUCCCAACUCCUUUCUCCUUUUAAGUUUUAUCAUGUACGUAAAAAGGCCUAAAAUAUGUAUCCCUAAAAUGACAUACUCUUCAGUUUUAUACCUUUUUGAAUUUUAUAAAAAUGGUAUACUGUGUAUACAAGGAUUUGAUUUUUUCACUCAACAUUUUUUCUGAGAUUCAUCCAUUUUAUUGUAGGUAAAUGUCAUUCAUUUUUAUUGAAGUAAAAUAUUCCAUUGUGUGACUAUACAACAUAUUGUUUAGGGAUACAUACAUACCUAAUAAAAUGAUACAUUUUUCAAAAACUCAUCUGACAGUAUAAUUUUUAAUUCUCCAUCUUCCUCAUUUGUUAGACACAUUUCACAAAACCAGAUUGAAGAAUGUUUAUAAAAUUAUUGACACACAUUGUUCCAAAGUGUCAAGAAUGCCACAGAAGCUACCAUAAUUAUGACAAUGGUAUCCACUCAUAUCCACAGGGCCCGCCCACACUCAAAACCCAUUGCUAUCAAGUCAAUUCCAACUUAGAGCAACCCUGUAGGACAGAGUAGAACUGCUCCAUAGGGUUUCCAAGGAGCAGCUGGUGGAAUCCAACUGCCAACCUUUUGGUUAGCAGCUGAGCUCUUAACCACUAUGC